AUGCGGAUCUGGUGUUCUGUCAACGAAGCGUCGCCUCAUCCUGUCCUCCUUGCAGACGUCUAUUUCCUGGAGAUUGGUUCUGUUGCAUCGAACCUGCAUGGAAGAGUGGAAACGAAGCUGGCGAGAAUUUUCCUAAUCGGUCUUUACAACCCCUCCAGGUUUGACAUGGGAAGGUCCCCUCGUUUCGUGGCUCAACUGCCGUCAGAUCACUUCCUACGAAGAAACGUAAACGAAGACGAUAAUCAGGUCGACCCUUUGACUACCCACCACUGUGGUCGGCUGAAGCUGGGGGCCAAGGCACUCCCCAAUAUCUAA